UGCUCCGAUGGGCUCCUAUGAGGAUCAUCGGACUUCUGCGACCACAGCCCACACGACCGCGCCACGCUCCGACACUGCGUGAGCUGCUGCUUGAAGUGCAGAAACAUGAACAAGAAGAUUUGAACCGUUACACCAAGGAGCGUCAGCGGCAGCUCGUCGUGCUGCUGGUGAUCGCCGUGCUCUUGCUCUACUUCGCGGGAGUCGUCGGCGCUUACGUCUACUACGACAACGCGGAGCAGACGCCAGCUGUGCCAGGACGUCGACGAGUGCCCCUUAAAAUGUUGCGAAGCACGAUCAAUGGAUCUGCAACAACGGUGGCCCAACAUUCUCUGCUGCGCUCAUGGAAGCGCGCCGCCCUGGAGGCCUUCCGAAAUCGGCGCCUUUAGGAAGCGGUCGUGAAAACGUGCGAGCUUGCAGGCGAU